CCUGCAUCCAAGUUAGCCAAAUCCAGUGUGCCAAAUCCACUGUGUGGCACACUGGAAGGUGCACAGUGGUUAGUGGAGAUAACUGGACUUUUUUUCAGCAUCUUUUGGGGAGAAAAAUAAGACAAAUCACAGCAUCGGCCCUCAUUGCCUCUUCACUCUCCUUCCCCUCUUCCCCCGGUAAGACUCGGACUCCCUCGCUGCAAACAUGGUGGUGAUGAAGAUGAAGUUCCCCUUUCAGAAAAGGGUGAAGCUUGCCCAGGGACUGUGGCUCCUCUCGUGGUGUGCCACGGUUGCUGGGGCCACAACCUUCACCCUAGGGUGCCUCCUCAAGACGGAGCUCCGCAGGAGAGCAGAGGUAAUGGAUAACACGGACAUACAUAUUGUGCCCAAUACCCUCAUGAUCGUUGGUCUAGCUUCCUUGGGCAUCAACUAUUUUGCGUCAAAGAUCUGUCAAGACGCCCUGGAUGCUGGGAAAUUUCCUCGCUGGAAAAACUUCCUGAAGCCCUACUUCGCUGUCUCCUGCUUCUUCACUGUGCUCAUGCUGCUCUCCGUCAUCAUGAGCUACGCAAUGAAGGGCAGUCUCGAGUAUUCUCUAAAGGUUGGUCUGAAGAACGGCAUCCGCUUUUACAAGGACACAGACACCCCCGGCCGCUGCUUCCAGAAGCAGAACAUUGAUCGCCUGCAGAUGGAGUUCCAGUGUUGCGGAAACAAUGACUUCAGGGACUGGUUUGAGGUCCAGUGGGUCAGCAACCGCUACCUGGAUUUCGGCUCUAAUGAAGUGAAAAAUCGCGUCAAGAGCAACGUGGACGGCCGUUACCUGGUAGACGGAGUCCCCUUCAGUUGCUGCAAUCCCAGCUCUCCCCGGCCAUGCAUCCAGUACCAACUCACCAACAACUCAGCUCACUACAACUACGAGUACGAAACGGAGGAGCUCAACAUCUACCUUCGAGGCUGCCGAGAGGCCCUGGUCCACUACUACAUGGGCUUGAUGAACACCAUUGGAGCUGGAGUGUUGUCAAUCUUCCUUUUACAGGGCUCUGUGCUGGUCAGCCUGCGCUUCCUGCAGACCGCCAUGGAAGCAGUUGCUGGAAAUGAAAACGCAGAGAUCGAAACAGAGGGGUACCUGUUGGAGAAAGGAGUGAAAGAAACCAUCAUGGAGUACCUCGACCCUGUGCUGAAAGCGCUCCUGCUUACAAACCAGGUGGAAGAGGGUGCUUCUGGAGAUGCCCCCCCUGCGCCCUAAACCACAUGCAGUUUGUACACAUGUAAAUAACUUUUACAAAAGAAGGCAACUAAAGGAUCAUUGUAAUCUAAAGAACGAACAAGAUUGACAAGUUUCUGUAAAUUUCACAAAAUUAGAGGUAGUAUUUUUUAUUGUCAGAUGACCAUUACUGGUAAGAUUAAUAAAAGAAAAAAUUAAAUUGAAUGCCAGUAUUUGACAGAGGAUCCAAAAAAAGUUAAUAAACUCACAAACUCAUCUGGUUUUGGAACAAUUUUUAAAAUUAGUGAUAUGGUCGAAAUAAAAGAGAAGAUUUUUUAUUAUUAUUUACUUUAUUUGAAAAAGAAAAUGUUUACCCUGCAUUGUUUUACUGUAUUUGUUUGCAGUCCUACGAAAUAACACAAGAUGCACUUCAUUGCUUUUGAAGGUUAUGUGCACUGCUAAAUGCAUCCUCAUAAUUAACUUUUAUGUCAAAAGCAAUAAAGCAACCCCAGUUUAAUCAGUGAAACAGCAGUGUUUGAUGAGGCAAUGUAAAAAAAAAAGUUUUGUUUUGGUCUUAAGAAAAUCAAGAUGUAAAGCUGACUGUAGAGAGACAUGUGGCUCAUUGCUCUGCUGUGCAACAGGACUACAUAAAUUAACAGAUGACUUAUUAAAGGUUGAAGUUACUAAAUGCCUUAUGGAGUGGAGUCAGUUUUUCUUACCCUCUCUGGUGUAAGUAAAGUGUACGCAAUUCACACCAGUAUAAAAGUGGUCCCUUUUUCCUCCCUCCCUCCCUUUCACUGACUCCCUGAGAGCCGAUGAGAGAAAUAGGAUUAGGGAGAUUGACUAAUCGAUGUCAGUAAUGCUAUGAAAGCCAUCAGAUGUGUCCCCUGUUCUGCCACCUUUGUCAAAGCUGCUAAGCCCAUUUGCUGCUGUAAUCCCCAGCCUGCUGCCCCUGCAUAUAGUUACCCUUCAUCAGGUGGAUCGGAGAUGCUG